CGGAGGUAGGGAUUGAGGACAGGAGGGAAGGAUUGAUGGGUUGAUUAGCAUUGGGAAUACAUUGGUGAACAAGGUAGAUCUGGUCUUUGCUCUCCUGGAACCUGCAUUCCUUUCCUUCCUGAGGGAAGGGAAUCAUGGUUCAGACACUGAAACAAUGAUUGCAAUGUGACAGGUUUAGUGAAAGAGGAGAACAAUGUUAUAGGUGCAUAUUACCAGGGAACCUGGUUUAGUUGAGCAGGACAAAAAGAGUCUUUUUGAGGAAGCAAAGUUUUAGCUGAUAUCUGAGGGAUGAAUAUGAUCAACAGUAGUUGACAAGCCUGAUUACAGAAAGGUAGAGCUCAAUUAUAACUUGGCUUACUAUGGCACAGAUUCCUAUAGGCUGUGAGUCAAAUAACAAUUAUAGGUAAUAAAACUGAUACAUUUAAUUUGCAACACAGGUGUUAGUCCUGUCUUCCAAUUCUUGUGUUAAUCAGCAAAUAUUUACUGAAUGUCUACAUAGCUAUGUAACUCAGCGAGCCUACUGAUGUGGAGUAUACAAAGAAGCCUGGCUUCAAUUCUGUUGGGGACAAAAGACAUACUCACAUGAGAUCAGAUCAUUCAGGUCAUCAUGAUCUAAGGCCAAAAAUCAAAACAAAACAAACAAAAACUUGCUUGGAUUGACUGAACUACAAUUAUUAUAAGUAAAUAUGGAAAACGAACCAGACCAUGAAAAUGUGGAACAGAGCCUUUGUGCCAAGACUACAGAAGAAGAACUGAAUAAGUCUUUCAAUCUUGAAGCUUCGCUUUCAAAAUUUUCUUACAUAGAUCUGGACAAGGAACUGGAGUUCAAAAAUGAUCUGAUUGAUGACAAGGAAUUUGAUAUUCCUCAAGUUGAUACGCCUCCAACACUGGAAAGCAUACUCAAUGAGACUGAUGAUGAAGAGGAGUCUUUUGUUCUGGAGGACCCUACAUUGUUAAACAUUGAUACUAUUGAUUCCCACUCCUAUGAUACUUCGUCUGUGGCAAGUUCAGAUAGUGGUGACAGGACCAACUUAAAACGGAAGAAGAAAUUACCUGAUUCUUUUUCACUCCAUGGGUCAGUUAUGCGACAUUCACUUUUGAAGGGAAUUUCUGCCCAGAUAGUGUCUGCAGCUGACAAAGUCGAUGCUGGCUUGCCUACAGCAAUUGCAGUGUCCAGUCUGAUAGCAGUGGGUACAUCUCAUGGAUUGGCUUUAAUAUUUGGAAAAGAUCAGAAUCAAGCUUUGCGACUCUGUCUGGGGAACACUAGUGUUGGAGGUCAGUAUGGAGCCAUCUCUGCCCUCAGUAUCAACAACGACUGCUCAAGACUUCUCUGUGGCUUUGCUAAGGGACAGAUCACGAUGUGGGAUUUGGCCAGUGGAAAACUUCUAAGAUCAAUAACAGAUGCUCAUCCUCCAGGAACAGCAAUAUUGCAUAUUAAGUUUACAGAUGAUCCAACUCUUGCAAUUUGCAAUGACAGCGGAGGCUCUGUUUUUGAAUUGACAUUUAAGAGAGUGAUGGGAGUGAGAACGUGUGAAUCUAGGUGUCUGUUCAGUGGUUCCAAGGGUGAAGUUUGCUGUAUUGAGCCUCUUCAUUCUAAGCCCGAGUUGAAAGAUCAUCCCAUCACACAGUUUUCCUUAUUGGCCAUGGCAUCGUUAACAAAGAUACUGGUUAUUGGAUUGAAACCAUCCUUGAAAGUGUGGAUGACUUUUCCCUAUGGACGGAUGGAUCCUUCCAGUGUUCCGUUGCUGGCCUGGCACUUUGUGGCAGUGCAUAAUUACGUGAAUCCCAUGCUUGCCUUCUGCAGAGGAGAUGUUGUUCAUUUUCUGUUGGUGAAGAGAGAUGAGUCUGGAGCAAUACAUGUUACUAAGCAAAAGCAUCUUCACCUCUACUAUGACCUCAUCAACUUCACUUGGAUAAACUCACGUACAGUUGUGCUCUUGGACAGCGUGGAGAAGUUGCAUGUGAUCGACCGGCAGACUCAAGAGGAAUUGGAAACAGUGGAGAUCUCAGAAGUUCAGUUGGUCUAUAACAGCAGCCAUUUCAAAUCCCUAGCCACCGGAGGAAAUGUUAGCCAGGCACUGGCUUUGGUUGGAGAGAAGGCUUGUUAUCAGUCCAUCAGUAGUUACGGUGGUCAGAUCUUUUACUUGGGGACAAAAUCUGUUUAUGUGAUGAUGCUGAGAAGCUGGAGAGAGAGAGUGGAUCAUCUUCUGAAACAAGAUUGUCUUACAGAAGCCUUGGCUCUUGCAUGGUCUUUCCAUGAAGGAAAAGCAAAAGCAGUAGUGGGAUUAUCAGGGGAUGCCAGUAAGCGAAAGGCUGUUGUUGCAGAUCGGAUGGUAGAAAUCCUAUUCCACUAUGCAGAUCGAGCUCUGAAAAAGUGUCCAGACCAGGGAAAAAUCCAAGUGAUGGAGCAGCAUUUUCAGGACAUGGUGCCUGUCAUAGUUGAUUACUGCCUGCUGCUAGAGCGAAAGGAUCUUUUAUUUAGCCAGAUGUAUGACAAAUUAAGUGAGAAUUCAGUGGCUAAAGGAGUGUUUUUGGAGUGCCUUGAACCAUAUAUUUUAAGUGAUAAAUUGGUGGGGAUGACCCCCCAGGUAAUGAAAGACUUGAUUGUUCAUUUCCAAGAUAAAAAGUUAAUGGAAAAUGUGGAAGCCCUCAUUGUACAUAUGGAUAUCACCAGCCUAGAUAUUCAGCAGGUAGUUCUCAUGUGUUGGGAAAAUCGUCUGUAUGAUGCUAUGAUCUAUGUUUACAACAGAGGCAUGAAUGAAUUUAUUAGUCCAAUGGAGAAACUUUUCAGAGUCAUUUCUCCUCCUCUGAAUGCAGGAAGAACACUAACAGAUGAGCAAGUUGUUAUGGGCAACAAGCUGCUUGUAUAUAUUAGCUGUUGUCUAGCAGGCCGAGCCUAUCCCCUUGGUGACAUCCCUGAAGAUCUUGUUCCCUUGGUUAAAAACCAGGUUUUUGAAUUUCUGAUUCGCCUGCAUUCAGCAGAAGCCUCCCCUGAGGAAGAAAUCUACCCCUAUGUUCGGACUUUGCUACAUUUUGACACAAGAGAAUUUCUAAAUGUAUUGGCACUGACCUUUGAAGAUUUUAAAAAUGACAAGCAAGCUGUAGAAUAUCAACAACGAAUUGUGGACAUUUUGUUGAAAGUUAUGGUGGAGAAUUCAGAUUUUACUCCUUCACAAGUAGGGUGUCUCUUUACGUUCCUUGCCCGGCAGCUUGCAAAGCCUGACAAUACCUUGUUUGUAAACAGAACCCUUUUUGAUCAGGUCCUUGAAUUCCUCUGUAGUCCUGAUGAUGACUCCCGACACUCUGAAAGACAGCAGGUCCUUUUAGAAUUGCUGCAAGCUGGAGGCAUAGUUCAGUUUGAAGAGAGUCGGCUCAUCCGUAUGGCAGAAAAAGCAGAGUUCUAUCAAAUUUGUGAGUUUAUGUAUGAACGAGAACACCAGUACGACAAAAUUAUUGAUUGUUACUUACGUGAUCCACUGAGGGAGGAAGAAGUCUUUAACUACAUUCACAACAUCUUAUCCAUUCCUGGACACAGUGCAGAGGAAAAGCAGUCUGUAUGGCAGAAAGCAAUGGAUCAUAUUGAGGAACUUGUGUCCCUGAAGCCCUGUAAAGCUGCAGAGCUGGUUGCUACUCACUUUUCUGAACAGAUUGAAAUAGUCAUUAAAAAACUUCAGAACCAGGUUUUGCUUUUCAAGUUUUUGAGGAGUCUUCUUGACCCAAGGGAAGGUAUUCAUGUAAAUCAGGAAUCGCUGCAGAUGCCUCCCUCUGUUACGGAGCAGUUCAUUGAGCUGUUGUGUCAGUUCGACCCAAACCAGGUUAUAGAGACGCUGCAGAUCCUUGAGUGCUACCGCCUGGAAGAAACCAUCCAGAUUACCCAGAAGUAUCAACUUCAUGAAGUUACUGCCUAUCUAUUAGAAAAAAAAGGAGAUAUUCAUGGGGCCUUCUUAAUAAUGCUAAAGAGACUACAAAGCAAACUUCAGGAGAUAACACAUCAACAUGAAAAGGCCAAAGAGGACCUUUCAUUGAAGGAUGUUGAAGAUACCAUGGUAGAGACUAUUGCCCUUUGCCAGAGGAAUUCACAUAAUUUGAACCAGCAGCAAAGAGAGGCACUCUGGUUUCCAUUAUUGGAGGCAAUGAUGGCCCCUCAGAAGCUGUCUGGUUCAGCUGCACCUCAUCUACACCCUGAAGCUCUGAGAUCUCUGACCAUGCAAGUUCUAAACAGCAUGGCGGCUUUUAUUGCCCUUCCAUCCAUCUUGCAAAGAAUCUUACAGGAUCCAGUUUACGGAAAAGGAAAACUUGGAGAAAUCCAGGGACUCAUUCUGGGAAUGUUGGAUACCUUUAACUAUGAACAAACUCUGCUGGAAACAACUACUAGCCUUCUAAACCAAGAUCUCCAUUGGUCAUUGUGUAACCUGAGAGCUUCAGUCACCAGAGGACUGAAUCCCAAGCAGGAUUACUGCUCUAUUUGUUUGCAGCAGUACAAGAGACGCCAAGAAAUGGCGGAUGAAAUCAUUGUCUUUAGCUGUGGCCAUUUGUAUCACUCAUUCUGUCUGCAAAACAAAGAGUGCACCAUAGAAACUGAGGGGCGGACAAGAUGGACAUGCUACAAAUGCAGCUCAAGUAACAAAGCAGGGAAAUUAAGUGAAAAUUCAUCUGAAAUUAAAAAGGGGAAGACAGCCCCGUCACAGGUAAAAAUGUCUCCUCCUUGUCCUCCAUCCAAAGGGGAUCCUGCUGUUAAGAAGGGACUGUCCCACCUCUUCCAGACUGAUGCCAAGAGCAAGGCAAAUGAAAGAAACUUCUGGAAUUGGACUGCCCAAAUUCAGGCAGCCUCAGAACCUGUUCUGGACCCACAGCAAAUCCAAGCGUUUGAUCAACUUUGCCGUCUCUACCGAGGAAGUUCCCGGGCCCUGGGCUCAAACUCUGAGUACCUGUCUAGAACUGUAGAAGAGAACAGACUGGAAGAGCUGCUAGCAGUCAUGCCCCAGCGUCUGUCUGGGUGCCCCACAGGCCCGUCCCAGGUGUGCUCAGUAACUUUCUCAGCCUGUCCUUCCUUGCCUACUGCCUAUCUCCAGGUGGCCUGUCCAGUCACCCAGAGCAGAAACCCCACAACAGCCCUUUCCCCCAGAGAUCGGGUAGGCAUCUUUUUUUUUCCUCCUCUGUAUUUCUUCCCUUCCCCUCCCCUCCAAACUGUCACUCACAGAGGCCGCUGCAGACCUUCUGUCCUUGCUCCAUGCCUCUGUCUGGGUGCUCACUCCAGACCCCAAUGUCUUGUUACCCUCUUGUUUAAACACUUUCCUGGACCUCUGUAACCUGAAGGUGGAGUCCAGAUUACCACCUUCUCCAUUCCCCAAGUCAUACCUAAAUUCCUGUUCGGCCAGAUUUGUUCUCUGAGCUUAUCCUGAGCUUGCACAGACUGUGUGUCUUUUAGGCCUGGACUCCCUUCUCCCACCCUGUUCUUAUGCAGAUGCCUGGUGGGUGGCUUGGUAGCCCAGAGGAAAACUUGUGUUCCUUCUUUGAGAGUUGGUUUUUAUCCCAGGGGACUUCUCCAGGGGUCUCCUGAAUGUGGUCCAGCAGCUUUAUUGAACUGGCAUCACCUGUGUCCCUUCUCAGCCUCAGCCAAGCUCUGCCCCAGGAGUUGGUUUUCUGGGCCUUCUCAGCAAGAUCCACGGCUUCAAACUGUUGAGCCAUUUUUCAGGACUCCUUGAUUCCAGAUCACAAAGUUACAGAAGUAGAACACAGAAAUGUCUUCUCUUAGGAAAUAGAAAAUAUCUUUGUGGUUGAUCUUUCUACCUCACAGUGUCUGAAUGUGAAAGAACUUUGAGUUUAUGUAACAUCUGUCGCCCGUUCUGUUCCCAGCACUGUACAGAAUUGUUCUUGCGGAGAACUUCACAGGCCGAUGGGCAGCUGAGAGGGUUGUAGAGGAUAAGAAGUGGCACGAGAUGGGGCUCGAGCAGAGCAAGGGACAUCUCUCUGCAACCUGCUUGACCAGCAGUGCAUACACUUGAGCAAGUGUACCUCCUGUGUGUCCUUAGCUGAGUGACUUGGAGCUUCUGAGCCAGUGCUGUGAAUUGGGCCCCACACGUGUCACUGGAUUGCUUUAGAUGAAUUGGCACUUUGAACUUAGAGGUCCUUUGGGUGUCUCUCCAGUUACCAUAAUCCUGGUAGUAAGUUUUCAACAAAAGUGACAAAGGAGACAGGCGAGCCUUGUGCCAUUAGUGCUUGGAUGGAGAGAGAACCCCUUGCCAGGAUCAGAGAACAGCUGCUGGGUCAGCCAGAAGACCGGGUUCCUGGCAGGGUAGGUGAGUAGGGAGCAGGUGAUAGACAAGUUACCUCUAGGGAAGGCACAACUGUCAGUGGCUCAGCUGAGCAGAACUUGCCACAUGGACCUGAGUUUGAAUCCCACACUACCUUUUGCCACUCACCACAGAGUAACUUGGGGCAAGUGAAUUAAACUCUUGGGGCUCUGGGUUUUUUACCCAGAGGGUUGUGGAAGAUUAGAAAUAGUACACAUGUGGGGGCGCCUAGGUGGCUCAGUUGGUUAAUUCUUCAUUCUUGCUCAGGUCAUGAUCUCAUGGUUUGUGGGAUCGAGCCCCAUGUUGGGCUCUGCCCUGACUGUGCAGAGCCUGCUCGGGAGUCUUUCUCUUCCCCUCCACCACUCACGCACAUGCUCGUUGUCUCUCAAAAUACCAUAUUUUUUAAUGUUUAUAUAAGUUUUUAAAAAACAGUACAUAUGUAAAGGACCUGGCACAGUGCCUGGCACCUAGAAGGCACUCAUUACAGUUACCUUGGACUAUCAGAAGUACCUGUGGACUUUGGGUCCAGAGCCUGACAGACUUUGAUGGUUCACUCCUCACAGCUGCCCUGUCCAGGUGAAGGACUUUGGGUGUAAAAUUUGUCUCUUCUGUGACCAUGAGGGCCAGGCUCUCUGCUCCCUACUUUUGCAGAAAGCCUUUGAGGUAAAAGGGAUGGCCCUCAGAGUGACAGUCUGGCUUCCCAGUGGGUUGGUAUUAACCUUACCUAAUCUUUCGGAACAGAGCCACUAACAGAGGGUUUUGCUGGUGUCAUUGGUGGAAGCAGGACUCUAAGAGGACAGGUAGAGUCCCUGAAUUUAAAGUGGCAGCUGGACUCUCCUUUGGUUGCAAAGGAGAGGUCAGAGGCAGAGUGUGGAACAAGCUCUGCUGAGAACCUCAGCUCAGGGCGUGUGUGCGGAGGGGGCGGCAGGGUCCUGUGCUAGCCAGGGUGGGAGUGCUCAGACCAAGGGAGGUUCGGAAUGAGACGUCCCCAGUGCAGUCUCAUCAUUAUUAAAGGAGGAAAUAUGGGCCCUGAAAGUGAAAUGAACUUGCCCGAAGUCACAUUACUUGUUUGUGAGAUGCAACCCUGGGGUCUAUACCCUGCAGCACAGUGCUGUCCCUUGUGUAUUCGAGGCCAAGGAACUGAGGACCCUCCACUCUGUUCCACACCCCCUGCCAAACCCACCCACGUUGUCUUCCCCUACUCACCUUGGUUGAUGUGUG